AUGGCUCACGUAAAGAUACACGCCUUGGUCCAGAUCCGCAGCACCAGCCGGAGCAAACACACCCGCGCAUCCCAGUGGAAGGAGGCGGUCAUCGAAGUGGUGGAGAAAAAGCAGAAAGUGAACCUGGUGGUUUCUUUCAAGUUGGAAGAGAGGAGGAGGGUUUUCCCACUGGGCGAUAAUGUUACGGGUGUAACCGUUAGCGGGGAGCUGGGACUGUAUCAUCUGGAUUUAACUCUGAAAGACGACACAUCCUUACUCAUUAACAAGCUGUCCUCUGCAGACGUUGAGCACUUGAAGUCAUUUCUGGAUUCGUCCACUCCGUGUGAGUUCCAGCAACCCAUGGAGUCCGAGAGUAGUCAGGAUGCUCUUGAAAGCAGUGAUCCGUUUGGCGGCGAGCCCCAGGAAGCAGCCUGUGGGUCCCCGAGUACCGCUUCAGAAAGCGGGACACUGCUCUCCAGAAAGAUGCCACUUUCUAUGUCAAACACCACAGGCAGUCAGGCUGAGAAGAAGAGAGAAAAGCCAGGCAGAAAGAGGAAGACAGAGGUGGUGGCAUCAUCAUCAUCAUCCAGUGUAGAAACAACAACCAAGGACAUUCUCAAAGAAAAUACUCCUGACCAAAAAAAGAAAUCCCGGCGAUAUUACUCCAGGAACAGAGGAGCCAAAGCCGAGAAAUCUGUGACCUUAAGAGAACAGGAAAAGCGCGGCAACUGGAAACUUGAACCUGCUUUCAAUUCCAAAUCCUAUGGAAAGGCUACCUUAGAUGGCACCAUCCUUCCGAUUGCGACGUGCUCCGAUGACAGAGAUGUGUCGAUAUUUGGCCUGGAGAUCAUAACCCAUCACGGAGUCCAGUGUCUCCCUGAUCCUUACCUGAAUCAGCUGAAACGCGAAGGCUUCCCCAACCUGGGGAACACUUGUUACAUGAACUCCAUCCUUCAGUCUGUCUUCGGGAUUCCGACCUUCGCCAAGGACUUACUCACUCAAGGUAUCCCGUGGGAGAAAGUGUCCUACGACGACCUUAUCAUGCCGCUAAGCCAGCUUCUUGUCUUGAAAGACAUUCGGGACAUCGAGAUCAAGGGAGAGCUACUCACCAGUGUGAAGAAGUCCAUUUCCACCGUCGCAGACACAUUCUCGGGCAACGAACAGAACGAUGCCCAUGAGUUUUUGAGCCUGUGUUUAGACCAGCUGAAACUGAACAUGGAGAAAGUCAACGCCAUGUGGGACACUGACGACAGGAACGCCUGCGCUGGGCCUGCCAACUCCAAAAGGUUUGUGUGUCCCGUUGGUGCUAAUUUUGAGUUUGAGCUGCAUAGCUCCAUUGUCUGCGAAGGCUGUGGGGAGGCUACUCUCAAAACCGAGGUGAGCAAUUACCUCUCCAUCGACCUGCACCACGGCACGAAGACACACCCUCUGUCAAUCCAGAAGUCUUUUGAUCUUUUCUUUACACCAGAAAAAAUCGAGCAUAACUGUGAGAAGUGCAAGAACAAGAAUUCCGUUCUCAAGUACACACUGAGGAGACUCCCCAGGGUCCUCAUUGUUCAUCUGAAACGCUACCAAGUUACCACUGACCUGCUGCCUGUGAAGAGUGAGCAGCCCGUCGAGAUUUCUAAGUAUUUAAAUAUAUCUUCCCAUUGCCAUGAAGACAGGAAGCCGCCAUUUCCCUUGGCCAGUACAUCCCCAAUGAUCUCUCAAGGGAUGAUCCCUGGGAUCUUCAGCCACUCCUUGUCAUCUAAGAAGGUGACUUCAGUAUCCUGCGACCCUAUGAUUUUACAGGUUGGAUCCGGUGUGGAUGCUGAAAUACAAAGCUUCCAGAUCAUGUACGAGGAUGAAGACUCAAAUGACGACGACGACGACGACGACGACGACGAGGACGACGACGAGCAGCAGCAGAGAGACCUGGAAAGUGGUUCUAUGCUGGAGCCGGAGCUUGUGAAGACAGAAAGCAGGAUCCUCAGACAAAAGCCUGGCGCAAUGAUGGCUGACGGAUACAGCUUCCUGCCUAUGCUCUGUGAGCCCAUGACCAUCCAUGAUUCAGGUCUUACCGAGAUGGGUCUUCAAGAGGUUCCAGAGAAUCCAGAAUUUAAGAACUAUGAGAAGAUCAACAUCUAUGGCAAGUCAGAUGGCCGUGCUAACACUGAGUUGCCAAAACUCUACCAGAGUCACGGGGGUCGAAUCAAGGGCCCAUUCCUGCCAGCAUCGCUUGCAAGUGUUAGUUCUCCGGAAGAUCCAGACAAGGACCUGAGUAGGUCUCCAGAACUGCCAGAAGAUGACCCGCACUCCUUUGCAUUGAGCUCUGAUGAUUCCAAAGAUGUGGAGAUGGAAGAAGUGGAUCUUCAGCACUACAGGCUUGUCAGUGUUGUCAGCCAUUUUGGAAGCUCCCCAAAUUCGGGCCAUUACGUAAGCGAUGUGUAUGACUUUCAAAGGCAAGCUUGGCUCCUUUACAGUGACGUCCAAGUAUUUGAGAGUUCAGAUCCCUCCAUCCAGGAGAACAGGCUCAACAGCGGAUACAUUUUCUUCUACAUGCAUAAUGAGAUUUUUGAGGAACUGUUGAAGAAGGCGACCGAGUGCAAGGUCCUUUGCACUUCUAAAGAGGAAAAGAGGGACAUAGAUUACUUCUCCACACUGCUUAACGGCCUUACAUACAUCCUGGAAGAAUUCUAA